AUGGUGCCCGAAAACCUGGGCUCCAUGGGCUACCGCCGCUUCGAAGGAAUCUUUGUGAAGGAGAACCUUUGGGAUGCUUCCAUUCCGCCCAUGGUCUCGUUAGAAACACAUUUGGAUCUUUCAGUCGAAGCAGAGCCUUGGAGGUUUUUGGACAAUAUUUACUCAGUGGACACUUCUUUGCUGGAAAGGUGCAGUGUGAGCUAUGACUUCCAGGACACCUUCAUGAUCCAAAACUACUUAAACAUCACCUUCGACUAUGGUGGAGUGAUUUAUGACCCCGUACUCGAGGACUAUGUUGGUUAUUGUCCAGAUGACUACUUUUGGUUGGCUCCUGGAUGCAGGGAUGGUAAUGAGACGCUGUGUUUCCCUCAUUUCACCUAUAUCGGAUGGUUGCUGGAGGAGACCAUGCAAAAGGCCACAAUUUGGAACAUACCGAUGGCAAUCGCCCAAGCAUCUACCUGGAGCAAUUACUGGAGUUUGCCACAAGAUACUUUGGGAACGUUCUAUUGGUGGAAACCUUCUACGGAGUUCUUGCUGUUGAACCCCAGAGUGAUCCGCUUCCCCAGCCACGAUGCCACUGGCUGGGAGAAUGGCGACAAAUCAACAGAAGCUGCACGUCCUCCUGCUGUAAAGAUUGUCAGCCAGGAUUUGAGUUUUUUGUCACCUGAAGUGCAUCAGCUUGUUGGGCGCAUUACGCUGGACAUGCAGAUGAUGGAUGAACUUUUGCUCAACUUUCUUCACGCUUACGACUGGCGAGAUGCGGCUUGCCAAUGGCUCAAUGCACACACAGAGGUUUGGCAGGCCUGGCUGCCAGACACGACUACCACCUCAUCAUCAACGACAUCAUCAACAACAACAACAUCAAAUUCAACUGAGCCAUCAACAACAUCACCAUCAACAGUGUCAACAUCGACGAUAGCACCAUCCACAACAUCACCAUUGAUGUCAACAUCGACGACAUCUCCAUCGAGCACGUGGCAAUCCACGACUGGUUCUACUGGCCAGGGUACAACUCCUGUUGGCCAGGGCACAACUCCUCCCGGCACGACAACUCCUCCUGGCCAGAUCAGUAAAUCUCCGGUUGUGGUUGAUGCGGUAGUGUCGAAUCUGGAUCCGCUCUGGUAUUCCAUGACUCUCUCUGCAAUGCAGUCUGAGCCGGAGAAUGCAGCCCACUUUCAAACCGAUGCACAACUGGGGGAAUCCACAACGUGGAUUGUGGGGCUUCCAAACUCGAAUACAAUGCCUGACACUCUGACACUCGCAAGUUCAGAUGGCAUGCCAUCCGUGGCCGUACCCAGAGAGCUUCUUCAGCGAGGUUCUCCUUCCGGCCUGCUGGUCACCGAGUUCACGGGGGAAAGCUCCAGCUUGCCAUCGGAAGCACAGCCGGGCGCGACAGUUGAUUUUGGUGGCACGUCGAUGGAAGUUUCAACGGCUGUAGUGGAUGUCUCACUACUGGAUUUGAGGCAAACUGGAGCAAGUGUAGUUGACGUGCAUGGUCUCGCGAAUCCUAUUUUCAUAAGGUUGUCGGACCAGGAUACCUUCUCAGCUGAUAGUCCCUGCGCCUUCCUCAAUGCCAGCAACAUGUGGUCACAGGAAGGUGUAUAUCGAGCGAUUCCAGGAACAUCGGCCCAGGCAGAUACAAGUGGUGCAUGGUGUGCAUCCACUCACCUGUCUCUUUUUGCGCUUCUGAUUCCUCCAGCACCAGCGGUUGAGAUUGAAUGCACCACGCUGGACACUCUCUUUGGUAAUGACCCAUCAUGCUUUCAGCCUGCAAUGCUGAUUGGCCUAGUCUUGGGGGUCCUCGCCUUUUGCUGUUGCCUCACAGUGCUUUUGUGCUGUUUUCGAUGCCGGCGGGUCACUGCAGGGAGGCUGAAGCUUCAAGACCAGCAGGGAGGCGCAUAUGAAUUUCAGUUCAAAGUGGCGAAGGAGAUCACGCACGGCAUUGGAGGCGUUGCAGAGCGCCCAGAAGAUGAUGGCAAGACAAAGAUUGUCGUCAAGUGGGAUGUCGACUUGGAACAAGCUCAGCAAGCCAACUUCGAGUUUGAGAAGGGUCGAAGUGGAUCUGCGCUCAAUGUCACAGGAACCGGAAUAUUGUUGACAGAAGCCGCAUCUCCAGACAUCAAGAAGAUUGGCAGCGAAACGCCGAAAAGCGUCCGCAGCAGGAAGCUCUCUGAGGCGGAGGAAGAAGCCGAGCUCAGCGAGGUAGAGGCCACCAGCGAGAUCAAAGAAUGGGACCAUGAGGACUUUCUGGUGGAGGUGGAUGUGGAUAGCCCUGAUGAACUCAAGAGGACCAAAUCAGGCAUUGGCUACGAAGCUUAUGGCGAUGAGGUGCAUAUCGAAUACUUUUCGAGCACGCAUCAAAAGUGGAUACAAGGAUGCAUCGAUGGAAUUGGACGCCUCGGCGAUGGUGAAGCGAUUCCAACUUACACGAUACUCCUGAAACUGGGAGGUCUUCAUAGACAGAAGCGGGAGUUUGUGGACCUGAGCCUCUUGCGAGAGCCCUUCAAGCAAAACUGUCCAGUGAGUGUCCAAGUUGGCAAGGAAUGGCUUCCUGGUCUCGUUAGUUCAAGGCAAGCUCUUCCACUAGGCUAUACGGUCAAUCUGCUAGAGAAUGGUUCAUAUAAUCUCAGUGGCAAGUCAGUGACAGCUGUUGCAGACCAAGUACGUCCAAGAUUUCCCAACGGUCAAGCCGUCGAAGUCUACCGUGGCGUGACACUGGGCUGGUUUCCAGGUGUGGCCCGAGCUGAGAAAGAUAGUGAGAGUGGAUGGCCCAAAGUUUCAAUUGAGACACUUGGUAAAAUGUCGGAAGUCCCACGUCUGGCUGGUGCCAAGUACUUGGCUCACCAGAUCCAAUCCAGACUGGGUGCACUACGGUUGGCUUUGACGCGGCUCGACCGUUUUGAGAAGCCGCUCUUCAGCGGUGAAAACGACGCUGCGCUGCAGGCCGGCCGCACGGAUUUCAAAGAGACGAUAAUUGAGCGCGCCAAGAACCGCAAGGGUGGCAAGACCAACAAGGAGAAUGCGCGGAACAAGCCGCUUCUGAUGACCUUGCAGAGCAGAGCGGUGAAGGAGAAGAAGGCCAGGACAGCCAAGCAGAAGCUGAAGACGAUGAAGGGCCACAUCAAAACGUUGAGGAAAAAUGCAGCCCAUCCGAAGAGACGGCGCUGA